AUGCACGCGAGCCGGGCUCCGGCCAUCAGCGUGAACGCCGAGAGCUGCAUCCCCGCCGGGCUGCGCCUGGGGCCCGUGCCGGGCAUCUUCAAACUGGGCAAGUACCUGUCCGACCGCCGGGAGCCGGGACCCAAGAAAAAGGUGCGGAUGGUGAGAGGGGAGUUGGUGGAUGAAGCCGGCAGCUCCGCUUUGGAGUGGAUAGGGUUAAUCCGGGCCGCCCGCAACGCCCAGGAACAGACCCUGGAGGCCGUCGCGGACCUGCCGGGAGGACAGAUCUUCUACCGGGCACUGCGUGACGUGCAGCCCGGCGAGGAGCUCACCGUGUGGUACUCCAACCCCUUGGCGCAGUGGUUCGACAUCCCGCUCACCGCCACCCCCACGCACGACGAGAAAGGGGAGGAGCGCUACAUCUGCUGGUACUGCUGGAGGACCUUCAAGUACCCCAACAGCCUCAAGGCCCACGUCCACUUCCACUGCGCGCUGAGCCACGGGCGGCCCUUCCUGCACGCCGAGCACGGCCGCCCCGCCGCCUCCUUCGGCCUCGCCUCGAGGGCGGCCGGCCUUCCGCCGCCGGGCUGCGGACCGAGGGACGCCGUCAAGCGAGAGGCCUCCGCCGCCUCCCCGCCGCCGGUCAAGCCCCGACGUGCGGCGGGCAAGGAGGAGCAGGAGCGCGCCCUCGACAUGAGCGUGGGCGCCGGCCGCGGCCCGGGAACACUGUUGGGGCCGGCGGGCGGCAACGGGCUGGCGCUGUGCCCUGGGGCGCGCUCCGCCUUCCGCCCCGCAGGGCCGCUGCGGGAGGAGGCGCGGGCGACCGCGGGCUUCCCCAAGCUGCUGGGGGGGCUGAAGGCGGGUCGCGCCGCCGCCGAGCCGCAGCCCAAGUGCGGGGCGCUGCCGGCCGAGACCGCCCCCCCGACGGCGGCUGCCGCUGCCGCGGCGGCGGCCGCGGCGGGGCUGGCGUGCGGUGGGGGGCUGCGGGCCUUCCCGCUGCUGUCGCCGCUGGAAGAGGCUUCGGCUUUCCGACCCCUGGACCGCGGGCUGCCCGGCGCCGCGCUGCCGCCCGGCCGCUACCCGCCGCUGCCCGGCGGCGCGCUGGAGCGAUUCGCGCUGCCGCCCUUCGAGGGGCUGAAGGCGUACGCGGGUGAGUGCGGGUUGCCCGUGAUGCCGCUCACCGUGUACGGCGGGGAGCUGCUGUACGGCGCCGCGCCCUACUACCCGCUGAAGCUGCACCUGGGCGGGCUGCUCAAGUACCCCGAGGCCGUGCCCUAUUUCGGCGGGCCGGCCGCCGGGCUGCACGCCGCCGAGCUGGGCUCGCUGGCCGGCAUCGACCGCGAGAUCGCCAUGCACACGCAGCAGCUCUCCGAGCUGGCGGCCGAGAAGGGGCGCGGACGGCUGGAGGCGCUGCCCGCGGGAGCGGCGGGGGCGGUGGGCGGCAAGGCCAAGGCCGGGCACCUGUGCCUGUACUGCGGCAAGCUGUACUCCCGCAAGUACGGGCUGAAGAUCCACAUGCGGACUCACACCGGCUACAAGCCGCUCAAGUGUAAGGUGUGCCUGCGGCCCUUCGGGGACCCCAGCAACCUCAACAAGCACAUCCGCCUGCACGCCGAGGGCAACACGCCCUACCGCUGCGAGUACUGCGGAAAGGUGCUGGUGCGGCGCCGCGACCUGGAGCGGCACGUCAAGUCCCGGCACCCGGGGCAGGGCCUCGGCAAGGCGGCCGAGGAGCGCAGUGACUCUGGCUACGCGCCCGUCGAGCGCGACCAAAAGACUGACAACGAGAGCGACGUGGACGUCUGCUUCACCGACGACCAGAGCGAGCCCGAGAGCGGCGGCAGGACCCGGCAGCAGUAGCGCCGAGAGCCCCCGGAGCCGCGGGGCGGGGCCGAGCCCCCCGCUCUCGGUGCAGCCCCGGUGCACAGCCCGAGCGCCGCGCACCGCCCCACGCUGCCGUACCGCCGCGUGGAGGAAAUUGUGCCUUUGGGGAACAGCUCUUCUCUGCGUCCUCUCCUCCCGCGUGGGCCGAGUGCCGGCUGUGGGCUCUGCGUGGCACUCCGCCGCGGUGCUCGGGUCCCGACGGAGCGGCACUGCUGUGAUUACGGUGAGCGAAUACCAACAGCUGUUUGUGGAAAAAACAGCGAAGGCGAAAGCUAGGGAGAGAAAAGGCAGCAAAAAGCCCCACUCGCAGCGCUGGAGAGGUCCGUACGUAGCAGGUGCACCAUCUGAUCGAGUGGCAAUUAUUUAUAACAGAUACUAUUUGCGGAACAAAUGUAAAAUAAAUAUCGAGAAGCAUGAAUCUAAAGCACGCACUAUAUAAUUUCAAAGGAAAUACACUCUCUGUUUGGUAGAAUACAACUGUGCUGUAUGUUUGUUUUCUAACGAAUGGUGUACAGUGGAUGCAGUAUUUCG